AGCGCGGUGGAGCUCCAUCGAUCUCGAGCUGUCUCUCAGCCUCUGGACGUUCCAUAUGGCGUAGAACCGGUCAUUGAUGUCUUCCCUGCUCAGAGGCAGAGAAUCAGGUCUCUGAAAGGCAAGGGAGUUGCCUCUGAGAAUGUCUUGGGAAACCUUCCGCUGCCAGAAUGGAACCCUGGUUUCUCCCCAGGGGAAAGGAGUGGAACCAGCGAGGUUCCCCUUCCCAACGACUUUUUUGCCGACCUUCCUCCCGGUUUUACUACUCAUAAGUCGCUAGAGAAAGAGUCGAGGAGGAAAGUAGUCGCCGAAGGCUCCAGCUUAAUCAACGAGGGGAUGAGGGUGUUCAUUGCGGCGUUUGAUGGAAGUUUCCGGGAGUCGCGUAUCUCUCACUUCAAAGCCGAGGAGGCUGAAAGGGAACUCCUUCGGUUUCGGAAGGGGGUCGAAGAACAGAGCCAGAGACAGGCUGAGCUCCAUUCUCGGGCCCUUGUCCGUGCGGAGAGGAGAGGAAAGAGAGCGAUUGUCGCCGAAAUGAAGAGGAGGACUACUUUGUUUGCCAGCGAAUUCGAGAGCUUUAAGGAUGCUCAAAAAUUCGUGGGCGAUUUUCGCGAGUGCCGUGGCUCGGUUUCUACCCUCUACGAGUCGCAGAAAGAGGACUUCUCUUUUCCUGCCGAGGUCGCCGAGAUGUCGGGUCUUAUGAACGGGUGUGCCCAUGCCGAAUCCUUGGGUCGUUUCUCCUACUUCGGCCGUUGA